AUGUUGCGCUCAUCAUUGCGCCUCGGCUCGCGGCCUAAUUUAAGGCCUUUAUCUUCAUUGAAGACAAACCUCUCACGAAACUCCUUGAGAGCAGCUUCAACUGUCACAGACUUGGACAACUUUCCCCGAGUGGGAGAGAAGCUACAUGGAUUUACGCUCCAUGAAAAGAAGCAUGUCCCCGAGCUGCACUUGACAGCGGUCUGGAUGAAACAUGACAAGACCGACGCAGACUACAUGCAUGUCGCCCGAGACGAUAAGAACAAUGUAUUUGGAAUCGGGUUCAAGACCAAUCCCCCGGAUGCUACGGGUGUGCCGCACAUUCUCGAGCAUACGACAUUAUGUGGCAGUGAAAAAUUCCCCAUUCGAGACCCGUUCUUCAAGAUGCUUCCGCGCUCCCUGUCGAAUUUCAUGAAUGCUUUCACGGCCUCCGAUCAUACGACCUACCCCUUUGCCACGACCAAUCAGCAGGAUUUUUCCAACCUCCUAUCAGUCUACCUCGACGCCACAUUGCACCCACUCCUGAAGGAAUCAGACUUCCGACAAGAAGGAUGGCGCUUGGGACCCGAGGACCCGCGCGCGGCGCAACCGGUGGAAGGACAGCCUGAGAAGCAGCUUUCUUUGGAAGAUAUUGUAUUCAAGGGAGUUGUGUACAAUGAGAUGAAGGGCCAGAUCUCGGAUGCCAACUACCUCUACUAUAUCCGAUUCAAGGAGAGCAUUUUCCCUUCAUUGAACAACUCAGGCGGAGACCCUGAAUACAUCACCGACCUCACUCACAAGCAGUUGACCGAUUUCUCCAAGCGCAACUACCACCCAAGCAACUCCAAAAUUCUUACCUAUGGUGAUAUGCCCCUGGCCGAUCAUCUGCAGCAGAUUGGUGGAGUGUUGGACGGUUUCCAGAAGGGACAGGCCGAUACCGACAUCAAGAAACCUCUGGAUCUUUCCAAGGGACCAGUGAACGUGACUGUUCCUGGGCCCAUUGAUACCUUCGCCGGCGAGGACAAGCAAUACAAGACUUCCACUUCUUGGUACAUGGGAGAUACCACCGACAUUGUGGAAACAUUCUCGGUUGGAAUUGUCUCCUCGUUGCUUCUUGACGGUUACGGUUCACCCAUGUACCGUGCGCUGGUUGAGAGUGGACUUGGUUCUUCUUUCACACCAAACACUGGUCUUGACCCAUCUGGCCGGACCCCCAUUUUCUCGGUUGGUCUCAAUGGUGUGACUGAGGCAAACGCUGCAACAAUCAAGGAUGUGAUCCAGAAUUCUCUCCGGGAAUCCGUUUCCGCUGGAUUCAGCGAGGAGAAGAUUCAGGGAUUCCUUCACCAAUUGGAGCUCGCCCUCCGUCACAAGACUGCCAACUUUGGUAUCGGUGUUAUGGAGAAGACCAUUUCCACCUGGCUCAAUGGCUCAAACCCCAUGAAAGAAUUGGCCUGGAAUGAUGUCAUUGAUGAGUUCAAGGCCAGAUACGCACAGCCUCGGUACCUGGAGUCUCUGGUGGAGAAGUAUCUCAUUAAUGACCAGUGCAUGACCUUCACUAUGGUCGGUACCCCGACUUUCAACAAGGAGCUGGACGACAAGGAGGUCGUGCGCAAAGACAUCAAGCUUGCCCAGCUUAUUGAACAGCACGGCUCUGUUGAGAAGGCCGUCGCCAAGCUCGGAGAAGAAGAGUUGGAGCUUCUUAAAAUCCAAGAGGAUGCCCACAACGCCGAUCUGAGCUGUCUCCCAUCUCUGAGAGUGAAGGAUAUCUCCAGACAGAAGGAGCGCAAGCCCGUUAGAGAGUCCAAGGUCGAUGGCACCGAUGUUGUCUGGCGCGAGGCUCCCACCAAUGGCCUGACCUACUUCCAAGCCCUGAACGACUUUGCCGAUCUGCCUAACGAGCUUCGAUUGCUCAUGCCUCUGUUCAACGACUGUGUGAUGCGUCUUGGAACCGCAAACCGCUCGAUGGAGCAGUGGGAGGAUCUCAUCAAGCUGAAGACUGGUGGUAUCUCCACAUCUUCUUUCCUUGUGUCGUCUCCCACAGACAUCAACAAGUUCAAGGAGGGUAUGCAGUUCUCUGGAUUCGCUAUUGACGAGAACAUCCCCGAGAUGCUGGAAAUGCUCUCGGUUCUUGUCAGAGAGACCGAUUUCACGAGCUCUACUGCGCCUGCAAUGAUCCAGGAGCUUCUACGGAUGACCACCAAUGGAGCUUUGGAUGCCAUUGCAGGAACCGGUCAUCGAUUUGCUGUCAAUGCUGCGGCUGCUAGCCUCUCCCCGAGCCUCUGGGUCCAGGAGCAGCAGUCUGGUCUUGACCAGCUGCAGGCCACAGCUAACCUGCUUCGUGAUGCCGAGUCUUCCCCCGAACGCCUGCAGGAGCUCAUCGAGAAGCUCCGCCUGAUCCAGUCCUUCGCGAUCUCUUCGUCCAACCUGCGGGUGCGCAUGGUUUGCGAGCCGGAGAGCACCAGCCGCAAUGAGUCCACUUUGCAAAAGUGGAUUUCUGGACUGCCGAAGACUCAGUCUCCUUCUUCCAACCUAAGCACUUCUGCCUUUAAGUCUGCUAGCAAGGCCUUCUAUGAUAUGCCAUACAAGGUUUACUACUCCGGACAGGCCUCCCAGACUGUUCCCUUCGUCGACCCAUCCAGCGCUUCUCUUAGCGUCUUGUCGCAGCUUCUUACACACAACUACCUUCACCCCGAGAUUCGGGAGAAGGGUGGUGCUUACGGUGCUGGAGCCAGCAGUGGACCCCUCAAGGGUCUCUUCACGUUUAUGAGUUACCGUGACCCGAACCCCUUGAACUCGAUGAAGGUCUUCAACAACAGUGGUAUCUUUGCCCGAGACCGUGCCUGGUCCGAACGUGAAAUCGAAGAAGCCAAGCUUGGUAUCUUCCAAGGUCUUGAUGCUCCUGUCAGCGUUGAUGACGAAGGUGCUCGCUAUUUCAUGAGCGGUGUUACCCAUGAGAUGGACCAGCGCUGGAGAGAGCAAGUCCUAGACGUCACCGCCAAGGACGUCAACGCCGCCGCCGACAACUUCCUGGUGAACGCCUCCCGGAAAACAACUUGCGUUCUCGGCGAGAAGAAGGAUUGGACCGAAUCCGAAUGGGAAGUGCGCAAGCUCUCCAUGGAUGCCACCGCCUAA